AUGAAUUCCACCCCACCAGACCCCCCUUCCGUGCAAGAUCUCCUGCGCUCCGGAAAACCAUUUGUCCCCUUUUCCGAGUUCUCGGUUCAUGGCCUCUGUGACCUAAAUCACAAAGAAGCCAAUGACUGGUUGGAACGCAGGUUGCAGGAAGAAAAACCGUUUAUUAUUCAUGGCUUUGACAAGCUCGACAAUUGGGACAAGGGCAUUUUGAGCAGCAAGAGCCUGGUAGACCUGUCUUCCUCGGGAUCAAUACCUGUGAGGAACUGUCAGACGGGACGAGAUGUGCGUAUGAAGCUUGCGGAUCUUUUCCAGUGUCAGACGGACCAUACGCGAAGUAGCAGUAUCCGAGAAUCUCUAUAUGCAAAAGAUCUUCAGUGUCCGGAUGAGUGGGUUAAAGCUUUGAGAGCCAUCUUACCAUCAUCUUUGCAGCACUUGGGUUCUUUGGACUUGUUCCGAGUAUUGCCCCGAGAAAUUGCGCCAGAGGUCUUGAUGGCGUAUGCCGGAACCCAGGGAUCUUUUUCCGGCUUUCAUAGAUGCUUUAGCGGGACACUUGCUCUCAAUCUCGUGAUUGAAUCCAAAGACCGUCAGCCAGGGUCAAUCUGCUUCGGUACUGACAGACAAUCGCAAACAAAAUAUGACGCUUACAUGGAGGAAUUGGGAAAGUCAUCGCAUACCGACUGGGCCAAUGUUUCGAUCGCGCAGCUACGGUCAGCCGAUUUUCCCAUCUAUGUUACCUACCAAGAACCUGGCGAUCUGAUUGUCUAUCCAUCAGCAACUGCACACCAAGUUUGGAACAUCGGUCCAAUGGUUACCAGGGUCGUUUGGAAUAUCAUGCAUACAUCUUCCGUGGUGUCUUUCUUUGAUUACAUCCAACCCGCGUAUCAAAGGCAAUGCCAUACAGACACCGGCCGAGUCCCAUUGAUCCCGUUACAUGCACUUAGAGAUCCUACUACGCUCAGCGCAAAGGAGCUGAAACUCCUUUUGGAGAUCUUCGAGCGGCUGGUCGACGAUGAUGAUACGGGGUCAAAUGUACCUGUAAAGCUUGUGGAUACUCAAGGUGCCGUGGUGGAAUGCAAUUAUUGUGGACUGACUAUCUGGAAUCGGCAUUUGCAUUGCAGAAAUCUCUGGGUCUUUUGGCUAGAGCUGCGACAGAUGCUCGACGACAGUCUAUGGAACGCCUUUGCCAUCUGUGCCGAGACAACCAUACAGUGUGGAAAGGGAUCACGUGCUCCCAGUGCUCUGCGUUCUUCUGCUUCCGUGGUCUCUACAGACAUUUUGAUAUUGAUCUCAUUCCUCUGCUCCGAAGAGAGGGCCCGUGGUAAAGAAAAACCCGUCAGAGCCCGCAUCAAGCCUGCCGAUCCCCGAGGCCGCGUUAUGGGCUUUGUAGACAAUGUGUUCGAUCAGAAGAGAGGAAAGAGAGCCAGCGCAGGGCCACAAAUAACACCUUCGCAGACGGCCAUCUCUCUGCAAGGGCGAAAACGGCCUAGACCAAACAGCAGCGAAGGCUUCGAGCAACGACUGCUGGACCGCAGCAGGUUUUCUUCUACGGAGGACACUCAACCGUCUGGCAUUGUGAGAUCAGAAUCAGACAACUUACGGAGCAGAGACACUGCUCAACCAAAUAUACAUCUCGCCAGAGUGCAUUCUUAUGGGAAUCCUUGGCCUAAAGGACAGCUUCGAAUUUGUGACCUGGUUGAGAGCCGGGAUGAGAGUGCGGCGGCUGAAGGAAGCUCUCGCAAUCAGGCCACACAGUACCAGCCUGCUGCACUUCCUGAGAUAUCAAACCGGCGCGAUCACUCUUCAAGAGAAAACAACUCUUCUACAAGUGAAGAGAGUAUUCUUAUUUUGGAGAAGAGAUUGGACGCUCUUCGUCGAUAUGCGGAUGAUCUUCUUGAGCUCUCUUUGGUGGAGUCGCAUGCUAAAGUGCUUGAAAAGAUCACUGCAUUUGAAUCCCAGAUUGAGCAGAUCAGGAGGCGAAAGGCCGAAAUGCUCUUCAGUAAUUUGAAUCGGGACUUUCCCGACCUGGCCAACGUAGCCAUGGAAGAGGCGCGACGGCGAGGGCUAUGA